GAAGCUAAGGAAAAAAACGAAGCACAGUUUGUAAAAGAAGACUGUCGCAAUGGGAGUUGUCCUGCCUUCCGCAGUGUGGCUCUUCUUCCUACUUGGGGAAGCAGUGCUGAUGGCCGACGGAAUGGGCUGCAACUGGGGCACCCGAUCUUCUCACCCACUCCCGGCGGACAUAGUGGUGCGACUCCUCAGGGACAACAACUUCGACAAGGUGAAGCUCUUUGAGGCAGACGCCGCCGCCCUCCGUGCCCUGGGCCGCUCCGGCAUCGAGGUCAUGGUCGGCAUUCCCAACGAGCUUCUUGCACCGCUCGCCGGCAGCGUCAACGCCGCCGAGCAGUGGGUGAUGCAAAACGUCUCCGCCUACGUCUCCCAGUACGGCGUCAAUAUCACGCAUGUGGCGGUUGGCAACGAGCCGUUUCUGAAGACGUACAACGGGAUGUUCGAGAACACGACUUUCGCAGCGCUGCAGAACAUCCAGGCAGCGUUGAUCAAGGCCGGACUCAGUCGGCAAGUGCGCGUCACUGUCCCCCUCAACGCCGACGUCUACCAGAGCGGCGCCAGCGGCCUCCCCUCCAGCGGCGACUUCCGCAAUGACAUCCAUGGCCUCAUGGUCGCCAUCGUCGGUUUCCUUCAGGACAACGGCGGCACGUUUACCGUCAACAUUUACCCCUUCCUCAGCCUCUACCUCGAUCCCCACUUCCCGCUCGACUAUGCCUUCUUCUCCCCCUCCGCCAAUCCCAUCGUCGACGGCCCCAUCUCCUACUCCAACGCCUUCGAGGCCAGCUAUGACACCCUCAUCUGGGCGCUCGAGCGCAACGGUUUUGGAUCCAUGCCGGUCAUCGUCGGCGAGAUCGGGUGGCCCACCGACGGCGACAUCCAUGCCAAUGUUGACUACGCGCGCCGGUUCAAUCAGGGCCUGGUCGAUCGGAUCAGACAACGUCGCGGCACGCCCAAACGACCUGCGCCGCCAGACAUCUACCUCUUCGGCCUGCUCGACGAGGACCAGAAGAGCAUCCAACCCGGUAACUUUGAGCCCCACUGGGGCCUAUUCUACUACGACGGCAGCCUCAAGUACCAAUUCGUGAUGGAUGACGGCCGCCCCCUCGUACCUGCACGAGGCGUCCGCUACCUCGAGCGACAGUGGUGUGUGCUAUCUUCCACCGCCAGCGUCACCGAUCCCAUUAUUGCUGACGCCGUCGGGUACGCCUGCGAGUACGCCGACUGCACUAGCCUGGGCUACGGCUCCUCUUGCAACGGGUUGGACGCACGGGGCAACGUGUCGUACGCGUUCAACCAGUUGUUCCAGGUGGCCAACCAGCAAAAGGGCGCAUGCAACUUCUCCGAUCUCUCCGUCGUCACCGAGACUGAUCCCUCUCAAGGGAGUUGCAGGUUUAACAUCAUGAUCGACGAGGGAAAGCACGAUCGUGCUGUGAAUACCAGUGGUACCGGCGGAGGUGGCGCUUUGCUCCGGCGUUGGGCGGCCGCGUCUAUCCUGCUGCUAUGGACCAUGAGUUAUGUUCUUUAA